ACACAUGGAUGAACAGCUGCACAGUUAACGCUCUCAUCGCAAAAGAAACACAGCUAUUUAGACUUUCCGACGGAGGGGAUGACGCUGCGAGUCGUCGUCUUCGCAUUCGUCUCAACGUUGUUCGUCACUCCUGGCGAUGUCCAGGGUAAUGACGGAGCUGCCAAGCGAGCAAAGAGGUCUCUGCUGCCUUACAGAGAAAUUCUCAGCGGUACGACGCCAGACUUCCGGAACUUGGGCAGGGACGUAAAACCGGAAGAGAGGGUCCCCGACAUCACAAACAGCUCGGACGACUACGAGGAAGCGUUGAUGAAGCCCGUCGAACUCGGACCCCUGAGACAACGUGAGCGAAAACCAUGGGGCCAGGGGAGGCCCAAGUCAAGACCAAAACAGUGAUGACACGACAAGACCGGGACUAAAUUUCCGGGCGUCCUGGAAUAGCGAGCGUCAGAGACACCGUUGAAUGAAUAAAUAAAUACUUUAUUAGGUUA